AUGAGACUGUGUGGUGAAGAAGUAACCGAGAAAGAGUUACUUGAUAAGACCUUCUCUACGUUCCAUUCAACGAAUGUGUUGCUGCAGCAGCAGUAUAGAGAGAGAGGAUUCGCCACAUAUACUGAUCUGCUCUCGUGCCUACUUCUGGCCGAGGCUAAUAAUGAACUCCUGAUGAAGAACAGUGAGAUGAGACCUCCAGGUUCAUCACCAUUACCAGAAGCUCACAAAGCUGAACAUGAAAAGAAAGAUCCCAAAGAAAGCAACCACGUCUAUAAUGAGAGAAGAACACACGGCAGAGGCCGUGGUGGGUAUAAGGGACGUGGUGGCCGUGACAAUUACUCAUAUGGCCGUGGAUAUGGAAACCAAAAAAACCGUGGUCGUGGUUCCAGUUAUGGCCGUGGAAGAGCCAAUUUUGGCCGCGGUCGAGGCGGUAUAUCCAAGCCGUCUUACUCGACCAAAUCCGUUUGUCACAGGUGUGGGAUGAGUAACCAUUGGGCCAAGAACUGCAGAACCCCUAAACAUCUAUGUGAACUCUAUCAAGAGAGUCUUAAGAACAAGAACCCAAAAGUUCAUAUGGUUCACGAUAAUGGGUAUGAUGCUGAUGAUGAUUUCGACCAUGAAAAGGAUGAUCUAAUGGAUCAUGAGACAUCAGAUUGUCUUAAAGACUAA